AUGCUUGAAAAACUAAAAGCUGCCCUUCUACUAGACCUAAAGUGUCCAGGUUGCUCAGAUCACUUCACCCCGCCAAUAAGAAGAUGCAAGGUCGGCCACAGCAUGUGCGAAAUAUGUUUCGACAAGUUUCUAGAAUGCCCGGUGUGCAAAGUUCCCAAAUCUGAGACCAGGAAUUUCGUGUUGGAAAGCAUUUGUGCCAAGUUGUCUUUCCCGUGCAAAUAUACAUCGGUGGGGUGUAACAAGAUGGUCAAAGGAUCGGAUUUGAAACAACACCAUCAGGAGUGUGACUAUGCUUCUCGGUGUACAGGCUGCAGAGAUUCGCUGGCUUCUUCGGAGAGGACAUGUAAGGUUGGACACAAGAUAUGCGAGACAUGCUUUGAGAAGCUUCAGAACUGCCCAGUGUGCAAUAACCCAAAGGAUGAUAUUAGGGAUAUGAUUAAGGAACUGAGAAUAGAAUAG